UUGUAUAAACACACAUGCAAAAUAGUAUCAUUAGUAAAAUUCCAUCUUUGUUUUUCCUUGUUAGAGAAGCCUUUCCUUUUUUUCAGAGAUUGAUAGUUGUAGAACUAUGAAACAAUAUAAGCUGCUUCGAUUUAUUUUCUUUCUCUUAUCAUCAUUUUGUAUCUUUUUAGUGACGACGACCCAUUCCCAAGUGAUCCACCACCGACGACUGUUGCCAUGGCUAACACAAGAAUUUGGUCCAGGCCCACCACGUGAUCCAUCACCACAUAACCCAGCUACACCGGCAGUGUUUUACUUUGGUGAUUCGAUCAUCGACACGGGAAAUAAUAAUAAUCUAACAACAGAAAUGAAAUGUAAUUUUCGUCCCUAUGGCAUGAAUUUUCCUACGGGAGUUGCCACCGGGAGAUUCAGCGAUGGAAAGGUCGCUACUGAUUAUAUAUCCGAAUAUUUAGGACUAAAGCCGAUUGUACCGGCAUAUUUAGAACCCAACGUACAACUAGAAGAACUUCUCACUGGCGUAUCAUUUGCUUCGGGUGGUAGUGGCUAUCACUAUUUAACAUCCAAAAUAUCAAGGGUGAGGUCACUGUUGGAGCAGUUGACAUAUUUCGAACAAUACAUAGCGAGGGUAAAGAGGUCACUAGGGAAAGAUAAGACUGAUCACUUAUUAGCCAAGGGCUUAGCCAUUGUGGUCGCAGGCAACAACGAUCUGCUUAUUACAUACUAUGGUCAAGGGGCUCAAUCGCUCAUAUACGACAUUCACAACUUUACAUCAAUGAUGGCUAAUUCUGCCGCUAGUUUCGUUAUGCAAUUACAUGGAUAUGGAGCAAGACAAAUAGCAGUGAUAGGAACACCACCACUUGGAUGUAUACCAGCGCAAAGAAGCAUAAAGGGAGGUCCUCAUAGAGACUGCGCUCAAGAACUAAACUAUGCAUCUCAGCUUUUCAAUGCCAAACUCUUCAUCACGUUGGAUCGAUUGAAUCAGGCCCUUCCAAAUUCAAAUAUCUUCUACAUCGACAUCUACUCUCCUUUCAGUGACAUCACAGAAAACUCACAAGAUUAUGGGUUUGAGGAAAUAAAGAAAGGAUGUUGUGGAACUGGACUUUUUGAAGCAGGUAUACUCUGCAAUCGACUCACAACAGAUGUGUGCUCCAAUGUAUCUGCUUACUUAUUUUGGGAUAGUUUCCAUCCUACCCAACGAUUCAAUAAAAUUGUAGCCAAAAAACUAAUUGAGAGAUACAUCCACCGUUUGAAAUAAAAUGUAACACUGUAUGCUUUUCGUUAUACUAACGCAAUAAAGCUAUAGAUGUCUAAAGUCGUUGUAAAUCACUCUAUUGGUGUAAAUUGACUCUAUUAAAAAUUCCAUCACUGUUUAUAGUU